AUGAAUAGGCCCAUGCUACCUCCUGGCACAGGGAAGGAUGCAUUUGAGAUGGGACCCGUCCUGGGUACAGGGUCAUUCGGAAGGGUGAAGUGUGCGAAAUACCUGAAGUCCCGAGGAGCAACACUCGAGGAUACAACUCAAGUGCCCCCUCGAGUAGCCAUCAAAAUCCUAAAGAAGGCCAGCAUCAUUAAGUUAAAGCAUGUGGACCACAUUCUCAAUGAGAAGGCGAUUCUUUUAAGGCUUCAGCAUCCUCUCACGGUUCGCUGCUUUGGUACAUUUCAAGAUCCACGAUAUCUUUACCUGGUGAUGGAGUUUGUACAAGGUGGAGAGUUUUUCACGCAUUUAAGAAGGGCAAAGCGGUUCGACAGUGAGACAGCGAAAUUCUACGCCUCUAUGAUCGUUGACAUAUUCGACUAUCUUCAUGCAGACAACAUUAUCUACAGAGACCUUAAACCGGAAAAUAUGCUACUAGAUCGUGACGGCUACGUGAAGCUGACGGAUUUUGGCUUCGCCAAAGUAGUGGAACUUCGUACUGACACGCUUUGUGGCACUCCGGAGUACAUUGCCCCCGAGGUACUUCUCAACAAGGGCCACGGGAAGCCAGUUGACUGGUGGACCCUGGGGAUUCUGAUAUACGAAAUGCUUGUUGGCUAUCCUCCCUUCCUUGACGACGAUCCCCUUGGCAUCUACCAGAAAAUUCUUUGCGGAAAGUAUGUGUUUCCCAAGUUCUUUGACAAGGACGCCAAACUUCUCGUACGGAAGCUGCUACAGGCUGACCUUAGCAAGCGCUGGGGCAAUCUGAAGGAUGGAGUAAGGGAUAUUAAAGAAUGCAAGUGGUUUUCUACUAUAGACUUUGCGGAUAUUCGAGCCAAGAGGAUUCCCGCCCAAUUCAAGCCUGUUAUCAAGGGAGUCGACGAUGUGUCGAACUUCGAGUCCUACCCAGAAGACAAGGAGGACACCCCUCCGAUCGACCCCAACAAAGACCCUUUCAAGUCUUGGUGA